GUCAAUGAAAUUAACCGCCAUUCAGCUUUUAGAUUUUGUCGUUACUCGUUAUUUGUUGGGGAUGGAUAUUUAGGGAGUUCGUACUGUUUUUACUUCUUCGGUUUGAUUUUCCGCCAUUUUAAGCACAUUAAACUUGUGAAUAAAUUUUAACCUUUCUCGAACAGAACCAAUGGCCACUUUCAAAAUUAGUCAAGAUAAAGAGAAUCGUAUUCAAUUUUCUCACAAACAAGAUACUAUGGCCACCCAAAAACAACGGUCAGUUUUGGGAUUAUUAGACGGCAAUAAAGUUGGAGAGAAAGUUGAUAAAGGAGCACAAAAGCCGGUAUUUGGAGUAAGACGUGAUAAUGUUUUAUCUAACACCUAUGCAGUUCCACAACAACCACAGCAAAAUCGUCGUAAUUUUUUUCUUCCCGUUGCACAGUUUCAAGCUUUCAAAGUGUAUGAAGAUAGUCCAGAUCAGGAAUCAACAGAUCAGAAGCCAUUAGAUGAAAAAAUGAAUGAAGUUGUAGUAAUUGAGGAAGUUCCUCUGAAAGUGGAAGAAGUUAAGGAGGAGAAGAAAGCUUACUCUUUAUCUGAUUUGCGCCUGCCUCAAAGGUCUCCUAAAUUGGAUGAAACCUACUCUGAUGUUAGUUUUAAUGUAACGGACAAGCCUGAUGAAGCAGAAGUUGUAGAAUAUCAGACCGAUAUAUACCAGUAUAUGAGGUUUAUUGAGCGUAAGAACAGACCAAAACCUGGAUACAUGAAGAAGCAACCAGACAUCAGUCAUAAUAUGAGGACCAUUCUUGUUGAUUGGCUGGUAGAAGUUGCAGAGGAGUAUAGGUUGCAUACUGAAACAUUGUAUUUAGCCAUAUAUUUCAUUGAUAGGUUCCUCAGUUACAUGUCUGUAGUUAGGUCAAAAUUACAGCUUGUUGGAACUGCUGCCAUGUACAUUGCUGCGAAAUACGAAGAAGUAUACCCACCUGAUAUUACUGAAUUUGUAUACAUCACUGAUGAUACUUACACAAGAAGGCAACUCAUAAGAAUGGAACAUUUGAUUCUGAAAGUGUUGCAGUUUGAUCUAACAACACCUUCACCUUGUUCAUUCAUUAAAAUGAUGUCAAUAUUGGUUAAAGGUGAUGAAUCCAAAGUUAUUGAUUUAGCUAUGUACAUAUGCGAAUUAGGACUUUUGGAGGCUGAACCUUUCCUAGAGUUUCUCCCAUCUGUUCUUGGUGCAUCCUCUAUUGCAUUGGCUCAGUAUACUCUUGGAAAAGAUGUUUGGUCAGAAGAGUUUGUAGACGGGACCGGUUUCAAACUUGAACAAUUGACCAAGUGCAUAACCUUUUUAGAUGAUAUUCACAGAAAAGCACCAAAUAUGACACAGAAAGCAAUUCAAGAAAAGUACAAGUCACCAAAAUAUCAUGGUGUGUCUAAAAUCUUGCCUAGGGAAUUUAGUAUGGUAGAAGUUCCAUCAAUUGAAACAGACCAAAAAUAGGAACAAGGAUUUAAUUGAGUAACGCUUAGGAUUUUGCCUAUGAUUUUUUCAUGUGCCUUAGGACAUUACUUUAUUAAUUUAUCAUUUUUAGGUUUUACCUUUUUGUAUCCGAAAGAUACUUUUGACUCAACUGCAUGUUUUUUCUUUUUCAAAUUGGAAUAAAUGACGUUUGCAUUUUUUUUUUUAAUUAUAGAAUUGUUUUCUACAAGUCACAUAUUGUUAUAAAUAUGUUAUUAAAAUCUGUUAAAAAUGUUAUAUCUUUUGUAUUAUACUGGAACAUCUUUCUGACAUAAAAUUUUUGCUGAAGUUAGUCAUGAAAACCUUUGUGUUGUAAAUAUUAUUUAUUUUAUACUACAGAUUUUUAGAACUAAGUUUUGAGAGUAGGAAAUUGUAUGUUAUUCUAAUAAAAAAAAAACAAGGAC